GGGUCCAGUCCCGGGCUACACCGCCUGCGCCUGGUCCCGUCUCAGCAGAAACCACUCCACUCCAGUGCAUCGUGGAACCCUUGAACGCACCACGCAGCCCAUUUCCCCCCGAACAUUCAAUCAACCAACAACGUGUCCCUUGCAACUCCGAGAGUGGGAAGCAAAAGAGAAGUACAGGAAGAAGAAGAAGGAGGGGAAGGAGGAGGAGGAGAGAAGGAGAUCAAAUAAGGAGCAAAGAGGAAAAGGAGCGAGGUCUCCACUGAGAAGAUGCUGACUGCAGCCGGACUGUUGGCUGUGGUCGCUUUGGGCUUGAGCGCGGCUCACUCCAAAGUGAAUAAACACAAGCCGUGGAUUGAGACGUCAUACCAUGGGGUGAUCACCGAAAACACUGACGUUGUUCUGCUUGAUCCUCCUCUGGUGGCGCUGGACAAGGACGCCCCCAUCCCAUAUGCAGGAGAGAUCUGUGCUUUUAACAUCCAUGGGUUGGAUACCCCAUUCGAGGCAGUGGUGCUGAACGGUACUUCGGGGGAGGGCCAGCUGAGGGCCCGCGGCCUGGUGGACUGCGAGCUGCAGAAGGAGUACACCUUCAUCAUUCAGGCUCAUGAUUGCGGUUCAGGGCCGAGGGGCACCGAAGGCAAAAAGUCCCACAAGGCAGUGGUCCACAUUCAGGUCAACGAUGUGAAUGAGUUUGCUCCGGUGUUCCGGGAGCCCCAGUAUCAAGCCGCAGUGACAGAGGGCAAGAUUUAUGACAGCAUCCUGCAAGUGGAGGCCACGGACCAGGACUGCUCACCUCAAUACAGCCAGAUCUGUAACUACCAGAUCACCGCCACCAACACACCCUUUGCCAUAGACCGCAAUGGUAACAUCCGGAACACGGAGAAGCUGAGCUACGACCGAGAGCAACAGUAUGAGAUACAGGUGACGGCCUGGGAUUGCGGCCAGAAGAGAGCUUUGCACAGCGUCCCGGUUCGCAUUGAAGUCAAACCUGUCUGCAAACCCGGCUGGCGAGGUUGGAAUAAACAAGUUGACUAUGAACCAGGAACAGGCAGUAAGCCAUUGUUUCCCAAAAUGCAUCUGGAGACCUGUGGCGGACCGCUGUCAUCUGCAAGAACCACGGUGGAACUUCAAACCAGUCAUAUUGGGAAGGGCUGCGACCGAGAGACCUACUCUGAGAAGUCCCUACAGAAACUAUGUGGGGCUUCAUCGGGCAGCACCGACCUUCUCCCCGCCCCCUCUGCUGCCACAAACUGGACAACUUCUCUAGUGACUGACAGCGGGAGGGACAGCGACUUGAUAUUCCUCUUUGACGGACACCAGGCGGCUAAAAUCCCAAGCUGGGUGGUACCCGAGAACCUGACAGACCAGUUCACUAUUGCAACAUGGAUGAAGCACGGGCCAAGUCCUGGGCUCAGGGCUGAAAAGGAGACGCUGCUUUGUAAUUCAGAUAAGACAGAGAUGAAUCGCCAUCACUACUCCCUCUACGUCCACAAUUGCCGCCUGGUGUUCCUGUUGAGGAGGGACUUUACUCAGGUGGACACGUUCAGACCUGCCGAGUUCCAUUGGAAACUGGACCAGAUCUGCGACAAGGAGUGGCAUUACUAUGUCAUCAACGUAGAGUUUCCCGCGGUGACCCUCUAUGUGGACGGAGUGACGUAUGACCCCUACCUGGUGACUGACGACUGGCCGAUUCACCCGUCACAGAUCGACGUGCAGCUGACAGUUGGGGCCUGCUGGCAAGGUGGCGAGGUGACCAAACCCCGGUUUACUCAGUAUUUCCGGGGCAGCCUAUCUGGACUGACCAUUCGACCUGGAAAGAUUGAGAGUCAGAAAGUCAUUUCCUGUCUGCAGGCUUGCAAAGAAGGACUGGACAUCAACUCCCUUGAGAGUCUGGAUAAGAGCAUCAAGUUUCACUUUAACCCGGCUCAAUCCAUUCUGGUAAUGGAGGGAGAGGAUUUAGAAAACAUGAACACCGCCCUGAGGAGGGUCUCCUACAUAAACUCACGACAGUUCCCCACCGCAGGAGUACGACAUCUUCGCAUCUAUACUGCCGUCCAGUGUUUCGGCGAGGACACUUGCAUCACCAUCCCUGACAUCGAGGCAGUCGUGAUGGUGCUGCAGCCCAGUGAGCCCAGAAUAACCAUCACUGGACUGAAAAGACAGAGUCUCCCUGCUUCUGACCUCAGGGGUUCUGAGGGUAUCGCUCUAUUCCAGGAGCUCCACAUCAUCAGCACAGUCACCAGAGUAGACGCUGCGACACAACACACGGCCCAAAGGCAAGGCAUUCUGGAGGAGAUCAUCCACAACUUGGACUACUGCGACAUCCUGGUGUUGGGAGACGAGCUGGAACCCGAGCAGGAGUCCCUCCAACUGCAGUCCAGCAUCCUGCUUGGGAAACACCUGGACGCCACCAACUCCACAUCUGGCAUGUCCAUAUAUGGUGUGGACUCCAUGACUAACUAUGAAGAGGUCAUCCGAGGCGUGCGUUACUACAACUGGCAACCUGCACGGUUGACAGAGAGAACGUUUCGCCUCACGUGCUCCGAGCUUAACGGACGCUACACCAGCAAUGAGUUUAACUUGGAGGUGAGCAUCAUUCACAGUUCAGAGGUCAGAGAACAUGCCAGUCACACGGCGGUUUCACCUCAGUACAUGCAGUUAGUCCACAAUCCAUCCAUGAUUCAUGAACUCUACCCUGGGCACAACUCAGGAGUACCGAGUGCCGCCACAGUUGUCAUAGUAAUAUGCAUCGCCGCCCUGGUGGUCGUGGUUGUGUUAGGCAUCUACCACAUCCAUCUGACCCACCAGCAACAAGUCAGGCUGUUCGAGACAGCCAAAGAGGAAGGCGGGACCUGGGAUGACUCGGGCCUGUCAAUCACCAUCAACCCAAUGGAGAACCUCCAAGAUCCUCAGGCUGCAGAGGAGGAGGCCAGCGAAGACGAAGAAGAGGAUGAUGAUGAAGAGGACGACGACACCAGCGCCGAGUCAGACAACAGCGAGGAGGAAGUGGACGUCCAACUACCCAGGAUGCAGGCCAGGAAGAACCUCCACUGGGACAAAACUAAAAUGUCUAAUUGAAGCUCAGAUCAGAUUGACACGCAAGUACAGGCUUUGAAAGAUUAGGUAAUGUCGCCCUCUAGUGGCUUUCACCACAAUAGACACAACUAAAUAGCACAAGUUGGUUUUCAAAUGGCUAAAAUAAUCUUUUCAUGUUCUCUUCAUGGACACGCAGUCCAAUAACAUGCAGUUUAAGUUAUUUGGCAUUCCUAAUGGCCCAUUGGUGGGAAUGGCAUCAAUGUACAAUUUUAAAACCAGUUGAAAAAUUGCAAGAAUUUACAUUUUGCCAGAUCUUAAGAGGUUCUAAAAACAGUUCUAAAAUGCAAGAAGAAGAAAUGGGGGUACAUAAGCAAUUUAUAGAAAUCAAGCAUUAAAGUGAAAUAGGCUGCUCACCAGACCAAAGCUCAAAAACACCCAGAAACUCCUAAAAUAAUAAAGUGGCUGCACCAUCUUGUUACCCCGCAAAUUGGUUUGGGCACCCCGGCGAAACCAGCACAUUAUCAUGGCCACAUAAACAGUCGCCGUUUGACGCCCCUGCACAAUAGUUCCAUUGAAGGAAAAGCACCCCAGAUCAUGAUGGUGCCCUCUCAUCUCCACCGCCAUGUGGAAAACCUCCCUGAUGGGAUCUUCUCGUCAAAGCCAGGAACAUUGGAAGGCUUUUGGUCUUAAACUUUGGAUCAGUUGCUGAACUAUUGUGCCUAUUAUGCAAUUAACUACCAACUCUAAAAGGUUUCUGUCUCGCUGUCAUUUCUUCUUUUUGCAUUUAGGAACCUCCUUCAAAUCCAAAAUCUGGUUUUACAAUUUUGUAUAAUUUGGAUCAGGAGUCCUGAUCGACUGGUGAGUCGGGACCAGUAAAGGGUGUACACUGCUUCUUGCCUAAAGUAACUGGGAUAGGCUCCAGCUUUACCGUGGCCCUGAACAGGAAGCAGAAUGUGAAUAAAAACCCACUGGUAAAAGACAACUAGUAAUAUUUACCGUUUUAAAGGGGAAUUGCACCCUUUUGGGAAUUUUGCCCGUCAUUCACUAUUCUAAUGUGAAACAUGAACAUAUACUCCUUUCCCUUUUAUGUGCUUUAUAACACAAGAAAACGAGUUAAUUUGAGUUAACUUACAAUGAUGUCAUUGGGAUACACCUAUUUGGACUAUGAAGCCCUGUUAAAAAAAAACCCUCCAACAACGUUCCAUCAUUUGAUAUCCAUGCUGUGAUCAUGCAUUAACACGUCCAAUGAUGAUAACACGUCGUGGUUGCAGCAUCUUGCAGUAUUUUGAUGAUUUAACACACUACUUAACUUAUUUUGGAGGCGCAUGGAUACACAUGCUAGUUCCUUAAUUAAUAAUAAUAGCAGCGACAACACUUACCGUUGGGAUGGCCGUGUCUUCCAGCACAAGACGUGUUCUCCAGUCCUCGGGUAAAAAAUGCUGACGGCAAACGAGCAUCUUGUCGAGUCUUUGUAGCCAAAUUGAGAGCUAGCUAUCCACUCUUCCGUCUGUGAAUGAUGCUGAGACUAGCGAGAUAAAACAAGUCUUUCAUGUUAGCUACUACAUGAAUAAUAUCGCUGUAAGUAAUUAAUAUACAAGUCGGUUAUGUAAAUCGUUUUCUCACGCUAAAAUGCACAGAAAAGGAAAAUAAAUAUGUGUUCAUGUUUCACAUAAGGAUUGUGACUGAUGGGCAAAAUAUAAAGACAAAGUGCACUUCCCCUUUAAGUAGCCAUUUUCUUCCCAUUUUCCCCCAAACGGUUUCAUCUCAAACAAUCAAUGCAGAUGAAAAAUAUUCUGCAGUGAUUCUAAAAAAAAAAGCUAACAAUCAUUGACAGAACAGUUGCAAACCUUUAAUUAUUAUUAUUAUAUAUAUUUUUUUUAUUUAUCAGUGUUUGUCCAAGCCCAUGAGGCAAAGCCAGGUGAUUUUACAGAAGAAAUAAUUUUCACUGGAAGUCCAAAAACAUAUUUAAAACAAUGUUUAGUGUCAAGAUGUCACGUUAAAGUCAACAAGGUGUUUUGGGGACGGACGGAGGAGGCCCCGUGUACAUUUUUAUACACUAUCUUGUAAAUAGAGAGUAUAGUAGGUGACCCCCUCCCUUUAUGAACGACAUGCAUACAUUAACCCAGAUUGUCCACACGCACACACGUGUACAAAUACAACAAAUAUGUCAUCUUACUUCAUGUUUCAUGGAAGAACCUCACAACAUUUAGUCUGCACAAAACCAGUAGCUGCGGAGCCUCGGUCAUGUGUCGUGUGUUUGAGUUCAGGGUUCAGCUGGCUUUGUUUAGUAAAUAUGUCAGCGUCUCCAUGGAAACCAGGACAGUUCACUGAGUCCAAUCAGCAAACUGUACAUACGUUCACACAGGAGGGUGAGGGUGCAAAGCAAAGAGUUUACCAAUAUCUUUUUUUGGUUUGUUUUUUACAGAGAAACAAAGUAAGAAUAUGGCUCUCAACUGAAAAUAUUGUUGUAAAAAUAUUGAAAAUAAUAAAUAAAAAUAUUGAAAAUAUUGUAAACACAAGCAACCUUCACUAAAAGUACACAUUAAAAAUGAAAAAGAAAUGCUAUGACAAUAAAUCAUUAUCAUCAUAAGAUUACAUGUUUUCUUGGAAAUGUAACACUUAAUACUACACAUUUUGUUUCCCAAAAAUAUAUUUUACUAUAUAAAUGUAACCUGAUAUACAGUAAUCCCUUGUUUAUGUUUGUCUUUCCAUGUUUUGUUGACACAAAUGAACAACAAUCCUACCGUCUCCAAACUAGCAGCCAAGGCUAAACCAACACAUAUAAAAUUCACUCUUUUUUGCAAUACAAUUAAUAUGAUACAAUAGUCACGAUUAAAUGUGUUUUAUUUUUGAACGAUAACGAUAAUGAUAACGAUAGUUAUUGUUACUGUAAUUCCAUAUUUGACAUAUCAUUAACCUGAAGUCUUAGGUAAAGCUCACCCACCCCCUUCAAACCUUGAUUGGUUUCAUCUACAUCACCAUGGUGCACCAUUGAUCACGUUUGAGGGCGAGACUAUCACGCCUGUGGGGGGCGUCCGUCUGCCAUGUCCUGACCUGAUGAUUUACUGAGCUCUGAGCGUCAGUAAAUACAUCCAGCCCCCCCACUGUUCCCCCUGGAGAAUGCCACCCGGGGCAAUUACCCAUAUAGCCCAUAGCUGGCAGUUGUGUAUAUUACCCUGGUUGGAAUAUUGGAACCCAAUUGAACAUGUUUACAUCACAUUGAUACUGUUGUGUAUUUACAUGACCUGGAGCCGAUCCAUCCCAAGGAUUGCACCAGAAAUGAAUCAUUUUGCUAUACAUAGAUACAUAUAUAUAUAUAUAUAUACAGUACCAAUAUCAGCCACCCACACUGGAGCUGUAACUCGCCUUUCUUGAGUUUGAUCAUGAAUAACCAAUCAAAAAGAAGCUUAUUCACUUGAAAGGUCACAUGGAGAGGCUGAUCAUAUUGAAUAAUAUUGAAUAAAUGAACCUUUUCCAUCUCCUUACGUGUAUACUGUAGCUCUUGGAUAUGUUCAUGUAAAAUAUGUCAUCAUUUGAGCACAUUUACUGUAACACCCGGUCUUGUGAAGUCAUCCUUUCCGCGUUACCUGAAACCUUUUGCUGGAUUUUGCAUCAAGCCCUCAUGUUGUCCUGCCAUUUGUUUUAGAAGAAGAGGGCCGUGAAAUUAACAUGGAAACCUUGUAUAUUGUGUAAAAUGUUUUUUUUUUUGUUUUUUGUAGGGUUUCUUUUUUGGACUCUUUGGUCUGUUUUGUUUGGAAUGGUCAGUCACUACAGCACUUUCUGUAAAUUGGCCAAUAAAAUCUUCUUUUGGACUCAGACA